AUGUAUUUCGCCAUCACCCUCCUAGUCUCAGCGGCCACCCUGGCCCCUCUAGCUUUGGCCGGCAACGCCAUCGUCCAAAACGCCUGCACCGACCCCGUCUACCUCUGGUCCGUCGGUGGCUCAGUCGGCGAACGGCAAACCAUCGACCCAGGCGCCAAUUACACCGAGACCACCCACUACGACUAUGUCUCGGGUGGAAUCGCCAUCAAGAUUACCCGCACCGAGAACGGCAUGUACGACGGAAGCCCGCAGACCAAUUUCCAGUACGCGCUGACCGACCACCUGUACUAUGAUUUGAAUGAUGUAUACGGCGACCCGUUCUCUGGUAGUACGCUGGUUGUGCGUCCGUCCAUCGAUACUUGCAAUACCAUUUGCUGGGGUGGGGGCGUUCGGGCGAUGGUCACGAGUCAGACGGAGGCUUGUAGCACGGACACGGAUAUUACGUUGACGCUGUGUGCGGAGUCGUGCUAG